AUGUCAGACGGGGGUGAUUCCCUACAAUAUCAUCGGAGUGUUGGGACUUCCUCUCCAGCUUUGUCUGAAAUGAGCCUUGAUCAUACCUAUACUCCGGAGUUCAAGGUUGGGAUGAGACCAGAGAUAAGACAGCUGUACCGCCCAAACGAUAAAUCGACUUGGGAUGAAUGGAAUCCAAAAACAGCAGUGGUUGAUGUUGAAGCGGGAUCGUACACGCAGGAGUUUGCCCUUAUCGUACGCCGCGAACCGCACCCAAGUAAUGACAAUCAAGCUGCUCUCAAGUCAAUCACUGUACAGAGUCCGUUGAUAAGAAAAGCCCUCGAGGCUGUAUUCGAUGGAUACGAAGGACUUGAGACUCGACUAAGACAAUUGACUUUCGAAGCUCCCUUCCAUUCAUUCUACUACAGGUGGCAUCGAUUCGAGAGCUUACGAAAUUUGGAAUCUGAUGAGUCGACUAAAGCUCAUUUGACCUUGCUGUACAACAUCAUCUCUCAAGAAAUCUUGCCGUACAUUCAUACUAUGCAAGAUUUUACCAAGAAUAGAGUCAUUAGUUUCACACAUUUGUGGACGAUUUUCGCUCCUGGAACGGAAGUGUACACCAAAAUCAAGGGCCACGAUUGUGCUGUGAGACUUAAAAGCAGUAGCUACGGAGCGAAUAUGAGUGGAGAGUACUUUUCGCUUGAGUGUAUGUACAUCGACUGUGACGGCUCGAAUUUUGGCUAUGUCGAUGCCUCGGUCGAGAUAAAUUCAUUCGCCGGGGUCAAGAGGUUGAGUGAUCUAGAGGCUAUUCCAAUUCACCUACAUCCUAACAUCGAGGAACUUGUGGAACGGCUUCACAUCAGAGGUGACAAGUUUGAGCAGCUCAAUGGCUUCCAUCAUAUGUCUUACUCGGGAUUCUAUACAGCCCGGUCUUCCAGACAAGUCCGAAAUCGCCAUAUAGCAAGCGGUCGAAUUAUCGUUGACCCACAUACUUUUGGUAUUUAUAGUAUGUCUGGACCGAGCCUGGCAGUUCUUGAAAAUGACCGAGCUACGACUUACAGUAGCAAGUCUCUCUUUAAAUCGGGCGACAGUGUCAUUCGAUCGGCGACCGAGGAAGAAUUUCGAAUGUACGAGGAGGCUCUACAAAAGUGUCAAGAGCUUCGGGACAACAAUUCGAAUCCCACGCCAAGAGUUCUUAGCUGUAAGCAAAGAUUGCUUUGUGCACCAAGCGUUCGAGGCUACUGCCUCACGGCUAAGAUUUGGGCCGAAUUCGAUGUUGAGAAAGUUUCCAGAAUAACUUGGAGUACUGAUGUAUUUGCAAGACUUGUCCUUCCUCGUGGUACGAAAGAAAUCAUACGUGCCUUCGUGCAGGAGCAACUCUCGCACGAUGAUGGAUUUGACGACAUCGUAUCUGGAAAGGGUCUAGGAUUCAUAAUGUUGCUGAGCGGGGAACCAGGAGUUGGGAAGACACUUACGGCUGAGUCUGUUGCUGAAGAGAUGUGCCAGCCUCUUUAUGCGAUGAGUGCAGGAGAACUUGGCGAAACUGCUGCUGAGGUUGAAGAGCAACUUGAGAUGGUCUUAGAGCUCACAGCGAAGUGGAACGCCAUCUUACUACUUGACGAAUGCGACAUGUUCCUCGAGGCUCGUACAACUGCAGACAUAAGACGCAAUCGUCUUAUAUCAAUCUUCCUGAGAAAACUCGAAUACUACCGGGGCGUCAUGUUCCUCACAUCCAAUCGCAUUGACGAUUUCGAUCCCGCAUUUGAAUCCCGAAUUCAUCUCACCAUACAUUAUCCUGCGUUGGAUACUGCGAGUAGGCUUCAUAUCUGGCGAACAUUUGUUGAAAAUGGGAACUCGGAAAAUGGCCUAAGCGAUCGGGAGAUAGAGAAAUUGGCGACGAUUGAGAUGAAUGGUCGACAGAUAAAGAAUACUGUCAAGACAGGGCGUCUUCUUUCAAAGCAGCAGAAUAAGCCACUGUCUUUGAAACACCUUGAGAUGGUGCUGAAAGUCAAGAGAGGAGACUUCGCGUAG